AUGUACGUGCUGCAACGGGUUCAGCGGGUUGGAGUCGAGAGCAUUGCUGGGGAUGCAACAGGUGCAGUUGGAGCUGCUACGGAUGCUGUUGGAGCUGCUGCGGGGGCUGCUGAAGCUGCUGCGGGGGCUGCUGAAGCUGCUGCGGGGGCUGCUGAAGCUGCUGCGGGGGCUGUUGGAGCUGCUGCGGGGGCUGUUGGAGCUGCUGCGGGGGCUGUUGGAGCUGCUGCGGGAGUUGUUGGUGUUGCUAUGGGGGCUGUUACGAAAGCUAUUGGGGCUGCCACGGAGGCUGUGGGGGCUACUAGGGGGGCUGUGGGGGCUGUUGGGUUUGCUACGGGGGCCGUUGGGGUUGCUACGGGGGCUGUUGGGGCUGCCAUGGGCGCUGGUGGAGCUGCCAUGGGUGCUGAUAAAGCUGCCAUGGAGGCUGCGACGGGGGCAUCUACGGGGGCUGGGUGUUGGGGCUGCUAUGGGUGA